CAGUCUCAGACAGACAGAAAGCAACAAAGUUAGAGGAAUGUAUAGGCAUUGUUAAGUUCGGAUUUUCGUGGUUUAUAUAUAUAUAUAUAUAUAAAUAUAGUCUGUGGUCAGGCAACACAACACUUUCCGAAUGACCUGCCGGAAGUUGUAGUAUCCAUGGUAACAAGGUUAGGCGACGAAAACGGUUUGCUAGCUAACGCUAGCCGUUUAUUUAGCUAAUACAGCUGUACACGGGCAAAGCUGUAACUUAGCUAGCUAGCACGUCUCAUCGCCUUUGAAAAGAAGAGUCCAAUGUCCCGAAAAGCCCUGAAAGUGGCGGUUGAAUUAAAGUUCAGAGCGGUUUCUUGUCCUGGAGUUCAUCUGCCGGCCAAGGACGACGUCUACCUCAGCAUGUGCUUCAUGGGCCGGCACCAUCGCUCUGAAUGUCUCCCUGCCGUCUUUCCUCUGCUGUUUCAUGAGAACAUGAAAUUUGAAAAGAUCUUCAGGCAUGCCGUUGACCCCGGAGACAUUGCUGUAAUGCUGGAGUAUGAGACGGUCGUUAUUGAACUGGUGCAGCUGAUUCCUCCAGUGGCGGACACUCUGGCCUCUUUUGAAGAAGAUGCCCGACGUUUCUUAUUCCCGGAGCCCAGACUUGUUCCCUCCUCCUCUGGAGUGGACCGAGAGGUUCUGAUGACCCGAGCACCUCACUUCCCAGGUAUCGCUCCCCGGUUGGAGUUUUCCACAAAAACAACCAUCAUCGAGUGCUCAGCUGAUGCUCGGAUCAACAUUUACCAUAACGUAGCCAUGAGGCCAGUGAUGAAGAGGAACCGGACACCCUCCAGCAGACCCAAGAGCUCCUCUCCUCAGAGGAGACAACCUCAAACCCUUGGAAGGAGACAAGGUGGCAGGGCGUACAGGGGACGACGCAGCGACACCAGGUCCCCAUCGUACAUCUCCAGGUCCCAGUCCCUGUCCCCUGUAAGAGCUGAGACACAGCGCCUGGCCCGGCUCAGCCUGGACUCUGCACCUCCCGGCCCAGCUGACUGGGACACAGCUGGCACCUCUCAGCCUAUGCUGGCUUUGCGGCCCGGAGCCAGUCGCUCUGCCUCGCCCCAUCGCUCUGCUGCGUUUACCAAAUCCUCCUCACCUUUGACCAGGUCUUCACCCACAGUGAGAUAUUCCCCAACGGGCAGAAGCAAAUCCUUAUCCAGUGGUUUGGUUGGAGAAGAUGACUCCAGCUUUUCCGAAACACAUGACUACCACCAAGGUCCUGACCCUUCAGGGCUGCAGUGGUCUUACAGGGAACAGGCCAGGCACAGCAGGUCUCAGUCCAGCACUCACAGAGAAUGGGAAGAGGUCCAAGAGCGUGUUCGGGGACUCCUUACGACACCAAAAGCUGUACGCCGACUUGCAUAUGGGGCCACACACUCCGAGGUAGACAAGGUUUUAGCCAGGAGGUCCAUCUCUCCAGGUCCACCGUGAGGACCUGGCCAGACUCUGGUGAGGUGAUUUGAGGAACCUCGUUCUGUUUUUUUUGUCCCCGACGACAUUUUGUUAACUAACCUGUAUUCACUGUUCUUGUAUUGCUUGUGUUGUUCUGUUGUGUUGGUCUGUCCGUUGUGUUUGUCGUGUGCCAAAGUUGGAAUAAAAACGACUUCCUUGGUCAUGG